ACAUGUUAUUUGUUUUCUUUUCUCUCUUCAUUCAUUUUAUUUCUUGUUUUCACUUAAAUUGUGACAAUUUAAUUUUAAUGACGAUUCUUUGUUCCAAUGAAUCAGUUUAAUCUAACCAAUUGUCUGGGAUCCAAUGAUUGGUAACAAUUGAUUAUCUUUUCGCUUUUGUUUGGGACUAAAUUGAAUUCCCAAAAUAAGAGUUUGUUUACUUGGAAUUGAUAAUUGUCAUCAUUUUCACCUUCAGGCUCCAUUCAAAGGUCGAUUAAAUUUCCAUAUGAUCUUACAUGAUGUCAGGUCUGUUUGGCUUAAGGAUAUUACAUUGGGGACCUUUACUUGGGCUCUUGAUAAUCAAGUGUAAUACAAUCACAACCUUGUACAUGACUAAUAUGUGGCUUCCGAUGACCAGUUCAUUGAUUGGCCUGGUCAACCAUCUCAUCUUCUUGAGUCUUGUUGGUUUGACGCUCUACCAUUUCUUUUGUGCCAUUUUCCUUGGACCUGGUCAAGUUCCUCCAGGGUGGAAACCGAAAGAUCCUACAGAUACUAAAUUCCUUCAAUUUUGUUCCAUUUGCCAAUCGUACAAAUGUCCUCGUGCUCAUCAUUGUAGAACAUGUAAUAAGUGUAUUCUAAAGAUGGACCAUCAUUGUCCAUGGAUCAACAAUUGUGUCGGUCUUAGGAAUCAUCUCAAUUUCACUCUUUUCCUCUUGUCUGCUGUUCUUGGAGGUUUUCAUUCCGCUCUUCUCCUUUCGAUAGCAAUUUAUCGAGGUUAUCAUGCGACUUGGUACUUUUACCAUGAAGGCUCAGAUUCGGUUGUCCUCCUCACUUUUACAUCUUUCCUUUUCUCAGUAUUUAGUAUUGGACUUGCCAUUGGUGUGAUUAUUGCUGUUGGUGGAUUGUUUUAUGUACAGAUGAAAAUAAUCCUCAAUAAUCGUACAUCGAUUGAAGAUUGGAUUGUAAUUAAAGCCGAAUCUCGUCAUAGAUCAGAAGAGUUCAUUUAUCCCUAUGAUUUGGGUUAUUGGAAUAACUUUAUGCAAGUUUUCAGAAAGAGUAAAUCUCUCGACGGAAUAGACUGGCCUUUACGGGAAGGAUGUCAUCAAUACACUUUAACUUACGAACAGAUUUUACAGAAAAUGGAGAAACGAUCUCGAGCUCGAAAUUACAAAGUGGUUAAUUGUUACAACGGUAAUUGGUUUCCACUAUUCACCCAAGGCUGGCGAACUUGUAUCAAGUUUCCUUUCUCCGAUGAAGCUCGUAUUUCAUUAGACGUUAAUGAUGAAGUAACUGUGACCCGAUGGAAAAAACAUUGGCUCUAUGGGGAAAAGACACAUCCCGUUAAAUUGGGAACAAUUAAACCUCGUGGUUGGUUCCCGAGACGAUGUGUAGUCGAAAUGGUUCAAGAUCUUAAUCAACCACGAGCUGAACCUUUAUUCGAGAAGGUCAAGAAUCUACAAGAUCUACAAAGAAACUCUGGUGAUAAAUUAGUUAAUAGAAAAAUUCAGCGAUAAUUUUUUCCUCUUGAUUUUUAAUAAUUAAUCAUUUCCAUUUUGAAUCUGAUUGAAAUAUCGGUUGUGAAAUUUUUUCCCAUUCAAUCCAAUUUUCUCAAUUCCAAUUAAGUUUAAAUUACUCAUUGAUCACUAAUUUUCCUUUGUGAUUUGUAAAUUAAUUAUACACAUACAGGUAUCAGCGUAUUUAUAUUUUAUAAUUAAAAGAUUGAUAAUAAGAAAUCAACAA